AUGUGCAGCGAAGUUAGUGACAAGGUAGUCCUUGGAUGUAUAGAAAAUAUGGAUCACACGGAAGAAAAUAUGGAUCACAUGGAAGAAAAUAUGGAUCACACAGAAGAAAAUAUGGAUUAUAUGCAAGAAACUUUGGAUCACAUGAAAGAAAU